UUUUGUAGGGCUAUUUUCUCAGUUAGUAUUUUUUGAAGUCGCUUUGGCCGGAAAGACAAUUUAAGAAGUACAAGUAAAUCUCUCUCUCUGUCUCUCCCAUUGAGCAAAUCUCUUGUUAUUCAAGUGACAGCGGCUAAUCAGCCGGUUCCACCCAUGAAGUGACGAUGCUCCUACUAGCGGCUCCACCCACUCGAAUGGUCUCAAAUGGUGACCUUGUUUGUGGGGGUUUAUUCGUUUUAGUUUUCAGUUUGGAUAUUCUCGGCUCUGCUUGUUGACGUUUUGUAGAUAAAAGCGCGUUCGACUGUUUGGACAUGGCAACCGAUUCUAGAAACAGAAGGAUUCCACUUGUAACAUUGUAACUUGAUCAUCUAUGAUGCUCAACCUUGAAUGCAACCUUGUUCGGAUGGAAGUUUUCAAGUAUUACCAUCAUCUGAUAGCUUGUCUGAACCAUCGUUUGCUGUAUACCCAAUGGACAAGCCCUUCCUCAAUACUGAUGUGUGCCAAUCCUCCAAUAAGCCUGUUGUUGCAUAUCCUGAGAGCAAUAGUAGAGCUAUACUUUCAGCAUUAAGAAAUCUUCAGGAGAAAAUUCGUAAGUUGGAGUUGGAGCGAGCACAGGCAGAGGAAAACUUAAAAUGGAUGGUCAGAGGAGCAGCUGAGAGUAAAAACAUCUUGGAUAAGAGCCAGCCAAAAGAAGGCAAUGCGAAAAUUGAAGUAGCACAACAUAGUCGAGCAGUGGCAGCACAAUUGUCAGCAGCAGAAUCUCAUUGUAACAUUCUGGAAAAGCAGCUGGAAUAUAUGAGAAAAAUGGUGCAGAAUGCUGAACUGGGGAGAGAAAUGGCCUUGCAAAGACAGAUGUCUUUGGAAAAGAAGAACUUGGAGCAAUCUGAUCUACAAUCAAAGCUUGAAAAACUUGACUUAAUCGAGCGAGAAUAUCUUAGACUAACAGCAACACAGUCUACAGCAGAGAAGAAAAUUUCUGAAUUGGAAGAGAAGUUACGAGAAGAAGAACAUCAACGAAAACUGAUACAGAAUAAAGCUGCACAGUUGCAGACUGGCCUGGAAAGAAACAGAAUUUUGUUACAAGCAGUGUCACCAAUGGUACCAAAGAUGAAGAGAGUAAGAAGCAAGAGGAAGCAGCAAGUCAAGAAACCUUGUACAAACCAUUCGCAUGUACAGCCUCAUUAUCGCUUCAACCUCGGUGAUAUACCAUUUGUUGCAGGAAAAUCUGUAAGUCCAAGCCAUUCAGUCCGUGCAAAUGUUCAGCAUGUCUUGCAUUUGUUGAAGCAACACAACAAGAUUUUGUGCAACGAUCAUGUUGUCAGUGACCAGUCAAUGGCCAGGAACAAAAUCUCACGAGAUUCCAAUAUAAUGGCUGGCAGUUCUUCUGGAUCUACCACUUCCUCCAGGUCACGUGAGGUGCUGUCUGAAUUACUGUUGACGCUACAAGAUGAGUUUGGACAAAUGAGCUUUGAGCACCAAGAACUGGUGAAUCAAAUUCGUGAAGCAAAUUCAAAUACAGUGAGAGAGGACUUGGAACAAGAAUUAGAAUCACUGAUGAAAAGAAUAGAAGCAAAAAGAGAUCAAAUUGGUCAAGUCCGUCAACACCAGGCAUCGCUUAAACUGCAGGAAACUAUGAGGAGGAAGCAUUACACCAGUGGAGGGUCAACUCAGAAAAAAGCUCAUAAGAAUUUAAAUGACGUGCAAGCCAGGGUAGCAACAACUAGAGGAAGUGAUACUGCUAUUCAAGUGCGACCAGGAACUAAAAGCAAAAAGAGCCUUUGUUUAUUAAGAGAUAUGCAGACCCUACAAACUACUCUUCAAAAAGAUGAUGUUUGUUGGAGCUAUUGAAGCGAUGUAUUUUUGAAACUUCAGUCUCCAAUAUGCUUAUGUCAUCCAAAUUGUUUUUCAAUUAUUCCUAUCUUUUUGAUCAGAUGUUAUGUGAAAAAUGGUGAAUGUCUGUUUGUGAAAUGGGAGCUUUUAAAUCUUGUUGGUGAACUACUACACUUCAAUGACUUGUCGUUGACUGUAAUAAUUACAUGACUUGUAACUUAUAGGUGUUGAGGUGCAUGUGUGUUCUUCAGUUGGGGAAAAAUUCAAACUCACUUGAUCUGAAAGUCUUUUUACUUUUACUGCUGCUCUAAUAGUUCACUUUAGUCUGCUGUGGUCACAGCAGCAGUUACUUUGAAGUUCAACAGUACUGCAUUACGAAGUUACAAAAUAAUCUAAAGGUUUGCAAAUUAAUGACCCCCAGAUUCAUAUCUCAGGGAAAAUUAUCUAGCAAUAUAUUCAAGGCAUGGAGUAGGUGACGAUUGUUUGUGUAAAUAACAUUUUUUAUUUGUCAACUUUAAUUGCAAAUGAUGGUUUGUGCACAUUUUAUACAUAACUGUUUUUAGUCUAUUUUUAAAGAUGAAUAGACCAUGAUGUUAUAUUUAUGCCCCUGAUCCUGGCAUUCAGCAGAAAGUACGCUUGAGAAAAAUUUAUUUCAAUAAAGAUUUUGCAUUUUUUUAGGUGACUGGCAAUCUGCACAAAGCUGUGUAUACUUGCACUUUAUUAUAAAUUAAUAUACAGAACA